AUGGCUAGCAACCCUUCUCAGAUCGACGGUCUUGCAGAGCGUCUAGGUGAUGAGAGUCUAGACUUAAAAACAAGACUUCAAAUCACUAGUGAGAUUCGAGAGUUUAUCGAAUCUUCGCAGUACCUUGCUGAAACAAACAGUUCAUUUACUAAAAUUGGAUCUUCAAUUCUUUCAAUCAUCGAACACAUCCCCCCAAAUUUCAAUAGCACCUCUCUCGAACAUCGACUGAGAAAUGCAGCUUUAGAUCUUCUUCAUCGCUUAUGGGCUAAUGAGGGCCUUAGGGAAUUUGUUCCGCGUAUCAUAGAGGAUCUCAUGAAACUCCUCUAUAAUGACAAUGAAGAAAACGGCGUAAUCUGUACUAAAAUCCUUACAGGCUUAUACCGUAGUUUAAAGGAUUUAACACCCGACCAAAUCAAACCAUUUUUAGACUUUGUUAUCGAGCUUUACAAAAAUACCCCACAAGUGGUCAAAGAAACUUUCACCCUAAACGCCGUCCCAUCUGCAGGAAAUACUCCAAUCUCUUCUUUCCAAUCUCCUCGACCACUUUCACCAUCAACAGGGGCAGAUCUCGUCAAUGAGACUUCAAACAAACAACUCCUUAAAUGUCUAUACAGCUUUAAAGUUCUCAUAGAAUGCCCAAUCAUGGUCGUGGUACUCAUCAACAAGUAUAAUGAGCUUGUUGUGGAAUCUCUUACUAAACUCCUUCCUCAAAUCAUUGAGGUUUUAAAACUUCAGGCUUCCCCCCAAGCUCGCGCACACGCUGCCGCUCAAGCCCGUGGCGAACUCUACACUUCCAUUUCUCCUCAAAUUAAAAACCGUGCUGCUUAUGGCGAUUUCAUUACAGCCCAAGUCAAAACAAUGUCUUUCAUUUCUUACAUUCUCCGCCAUUUCCCCAAUUAUCUUAAAGAUUACCGUCCUCUUUUACCUGACUUUAUUGUCAGAUUAUUACAAGACUGUCCCUGUGAACUUUCUCCAGCACGCAAAGAACUUCUUGUUGCUACUCGUCACAUGCUUUCAGUCGAAGGAAGAGAUGCCUUUAUUCCCAAAAUCGAUGUUCUUCUCGAUGAAGAUGUCCUUAUUGGCAGAGGGCUUACAGCUCGUGAAACUCUAAGACCUUUGGCUUAUAGUAAUAUUGCUGAUUUGGUCCACCAUGUUCGUGCAGAGCUUAGUCCUAGCCAGGUUUGGAAAACUGUCCAUGUUUAUUGCAAAAAUAUUCAGGAUGUCACAUUACCUACAAGUGUUCAAAUAAUGAGUGCAAAACUUCUCACAAACCUCGUUGAGCGCUUUAUGAAAAUGCCCGAUAAGGCAGAAGGACGUCAAAUCAUGUUUAUCAUUUUAAAUGCUUUUGUUCAAAGGUUCACUACACUCAACAAAAGCUAUGAUCAUAUUAUGAAGAGCCAUCAGCGAUUUCUCGACAGGGAAAAGAAAAACCAAGAGGAGCUUCAAGAAAAAUACUCUGCUGACAUUGAAGUCAAACUCGACAAGCCAUGCACAACUUAUCUUCAAGAACUUGCAGAAUCCAAAAAUAUCAAGAAUGAAUCCAGCCAAGAAAUCAAAAAUGAAAUUAACCUUAAAGAAGAUAAACCCCAAGAGCCUGUUUUAAUUGACCCCAUGGAUAUCGAUAUUUUUGACGCCCUGAAUGAAAAACCAAUCCAAAUUCAUCAAGAGCAAAACAUUGACGAGCUUAAAGAAGCUCGUAACCUCUUUAAAAACUUUAUGAAGUUUCUCAAGAUUGUCAUUUAUGGCUUAAAAUCUUGUAACCCUCCUCCUCCAAACUCUGAGAUUCCUAUCGACCAAUGGACUGAAUCUGCUAGAAUUUUCAACUUUGAACAAAUUACAAUUUUCCGCAAUCUUUUUAGACAAGGCAUUGCUGGCUACCGGUUUUUUGCUUCAACCCAUAAUGGUGAUAAUUCUAAAAAUUCAGACAUGGAUAUCCAAGCCUCGGAAGACGAAAAGGUACUCAUGGAAACUUUUUUAGUUGUUUUCAUCCACAUUGACUCUGACUCAUUUAACGAAAUUGUCGACGCUGAGCUUCCCUUUUUGUACGAGUCUCUCUUUGCCAAUCCUACCCUCCUCCAUAUUCCUAGAUAUUUCCUUGUCAAUGAUGGUAGUUCGGCCAAUUUCACUGGAAUCCUUAUCAAUUUCUUAAAAAAGAAACUACCUGAGCUUGGUAGUGGUGAUCCAGUGAAGGCAAAUAUUCUUCUUAAACUUUUCAAGCUCUGCUUUAUGGCUGUCAACUUAUACUCACAAACAAACGAAGCUAUUUUACUCCCCCAUUUAAACAAUUUGAUUGUCAGUUGUUUAGAACUAACUACAACAGCAAAGGAUCCUAUUGUUUACUUCCAUGUUCUAAGAACUCUUUUCCGCUCCAUUGGUGGCCAAAAGUUUGAAAAACUUCAUCAAGAAGUUAUUCCCUUGCUUCAGCUAUUACUGGCCUCUCUCAAUAAUCUUCUUACUACUGCUCGCAAGCCACAAGAACGUGAAAUUUACGUCGAACUGUGUCUUUCGGUCCCCGUCCGAUUAACUAUUCUUGUUCCACAUCUCAGCUAUCUCAUGAGACCACUUGUCAUUGCACUAAAUGGGGGAUCAGAGCUUGUCGGACAAGGUUUGCGUACGUUUGAAUUAUGCGUUGACAAUCUUACAGCAGAAUAUUUUGAUCCCAUCUUGGAGCCCGUUGUUGCAGACAUUAUGCAAGCUCUCUUUAAGCAUCUUAAACCCACACCUCACAACCAUCAGCACAGUCACAUUUGCUUAAGAAUUUUGGGGAAACUUGGUGGCAGAAACCGCAAGUACAUUCAAUCUCCCACUGACUUGGAGAAUCUUUCUCUUCUUCAACAAGAAGUCGGCGUUAUGCUUGAUAUUAAUGGGUUGAUAGAAAAGAAGCCUCUUAAAAUUACACCUGCUAUUCAAUACGCACUCAUUACUCUCGAGGAUACAAAAACUCAACUUCAUUACCGCGUUCAAGCUUACAAGUAUUUGUCUACUGCUCUCAAACUUAUGAUUGACACAACUGCUCCUUCUCAUGAAUAUAUUGAAAAGAUUCACAAUUGUGUUGAAAUCAUAAAGUCUAAUGAUCCUUUCCCUGAAUCGGAAACCACUCUAGGCACAAACCAUCGUGCUGAUACUAAGGCACGACGACUUCAAAACGAAUUGUUUGAGCGUUUGUUGCAGUCCAUUUUUUAUGCUACUUCGGUUCCUGAAAUUCAUGACGAAGCCCUUCAAUUGAUUACAGAAAUCUGCGAACACUGUGUGUUGCUGGAGCUUGGUGAACUCAUGAUUGAAAAGAGAAAGGGAAGUAUCCAACUUAAGAUUGAUGAUCAUGAAGGUGCUCAGUGUCUUGAUCCCAAAGCUCUUCUUGGCGCCAUUGUUUACGCCCUUUGCCAUUACCUACCGGAAAUUUCUGCUUCUGGUCAAAAGGCAAUCCAUUUUGUCUUUGAGGCUGGCAUGGCCCUUUUCCGAAGCCCAGAAUAUGUCCACCGGUUCCCCAUGUUUAAGACCUUUUUUGGAAAGCUUUCUCAUACCUGCUUUGAGGAACAAUACUUUCGCAAGGCUGGUGCUUGUCUUGGGUUAAAAACUUUGAUCAAGGAUCUUGGUCUCUCCAUGUCUUGGAUCAAGGAUAGACAGCUUGAGUUUGUUCGUACAAUGUUUUUCGUACUCAAGGACAUUCCAAAUGAUGUACCUUCUCAUGUCCGCACUGAAGCUAAAUCUCUGCUUUUGUACGUGCUUGAAGAAUGCAACAAGGACAUUACAGAAGCACAGCGUUUUGAAAAACCAUACACUCAACUCACUGGUCUUCUUGCAUACCAGCUUGCAAACUCUAAUGAGGUUGUUCGUGAAACUUCCCAAGAAGCGCUUUCAGUGCUUUCCAAAGUCACUGGCAAAACAAUUUCUCAAAUCAUUUCUCCAGUGGAAAAUGUUUUGCUUCCACCCAUCUUCACCAAGCCUUUGCGUGCUCUUCCCUUCCCUAUGCAAAUUGGACACAUUGAUGCCAUUACAUUUUGCCUUGGUCUGCCGGAUACAUUUUUAAAAUUCAAUAGCGAACUCGACCGUUUGAUGCAAGAAUCUCUUGCUCUUGUCGAGGCUGAUGACAAUUCGCUGGCGAGUGCUCAUAAAGCCAAGGAACAUCGUACUGCCGAGUCUAUUGUUCAGCUUAGAAUCGGAAGCAUCAAACUUUUGUCUCUUGCUCUUACUCUUCCACAGUACGAGGUUAUCCAACAGAGUCAACGACGCUCUAAAAUCAUGUCUGUAUUUUUCAAAACACUCUACAUUCGCUCCAAAAAGGUUGUUGAUGCCGCUCAUACAGGUUUACGUAUUGCCACACACAAUAACCGUUUGCCAAAAGAUAUUCUUUCUAAUGGUUUAAGACCUAUUCUUGUUAGUCUUUCUGACCCAUCCAGGCUUUCUAUUGAAGGCCUUGAAGGCCUGGCUCGACUUCUUGAGGCUCUCACAACCUACUUCAAGGUUGAAAUUGGCAACAAGCUGCUAGAUCACCUAAAGUAUUGGGCUGAUCCCAAUACUUUGCAGCAAUUCCCCAGCAAACCAUUUGCAGCUGACAAAAACAUUAAAAUAAUUACUGCAAUUUUAAAUGUUUUCCAUCUUUUACCUACUGGUGCCGAUAUCUUUAUGGAACCGCUGGUCCAUACACUUUUCGUAUUGGAAAAUACUUUGCGACGACAACACAGCUCUCCAUUCAGAGAGCCCAUUGCCAAAUUUUUGAACAGAUAUAGUGCCCAGUCUUUUAAGUACUUUUUGGAAAAGCUUAGUUCUCGCCAACACGGUCGUCUUUUCUCUUGUAUGCUCCAAAUGGACAUGACUGAGGACUUGCGCAAGUACUGCAAAGAACAUCUUGAAGAGCUGACUAAAGCUUGGAAGGAAAAGAAAGACCCUGAAGAGUUUGUGGUUGCUACGUGCAAUUUCAUUUAUGCCAUUCGGUCUUUGACUGAUCGCGAUUCUGACUGGAUUGUUUCUUGCAAAGAUGUGCUUUCUGAACUUUUCAAUUUGCAUGAUGUGGCACAAACUACAAAGUCGCUGUCGCAUCUUUCCCCUGUUCCUCUCCAGGUAGACCAAGCUAUUGAAGACCUUCAAUACGUUGUUUCCAUAUACCUGCAAAAAACACAUGAUUUUGACAUUCUUGUCAAGUGUAUUUCUUCUGUUCACAACAUUGAUCACAAGGUCACUCCUGAUAUACAGAACUUUGUCUUUACCAGCAUCAUUUCUGGGAAAGACAUGUCGAUUCGACGCAAUGGUUUGCUGAAGGCUCUUGAGGCUGGUACCAACAAGACUUCCAAUCUUGCUGCGCGCACGUUCUUUUUCAAGAAUAUUAUUAAUCCUACGCUGGCGUUUGAGGGAAAAGUCAAGGGUAAUCUUAACGACUUGCUUGAAAAGCCAUCCAGCAAUCCAUCUCCAUAUAACUUGGUUGAUCAGAUUCACGAAAAAAUUUGGAAGUCUUCUGGAACAGACCAAAACGAAGAUGGUGCUACCACAACCAUUGAUUCUUAUCGAUUUGAGCUUCUCAAUGUAUCCGCAUUGCUCAUCAAACUUGGCUCUGGCAUCAUUUCCGACGCCAAGAAGGACAUUAUCAAGUUUGGAUGGAGUUAUAUCAAAAUGGAAGACAUUGUCAGCAAACAGUCAGCUUAUGUUUUGAUUGCUUACUUUAUUGCAGCUUAUGAAACACUCUCCAAAAUGGUUGUACAAAUCUACAUUCAUCUUCUUCGUUACAACCAAAACGAAGCUAGAGUUUUGGUUCGUCAAGCUUUGGAUCUUUUGGCACCUGUGCUGAAAGAACGAACUGGUUCACCAGUCUGGGCUAAGUGGCCACGACGCGUUAUUACGGAGGAUAGCAUUAAUGUUAAUCAUACAUCCAAUAUUUACUAUUUUAUUGUGCGUCACCCCAAGCUCUUUUUUGAGUAUCGCGAUCACUUUGUUUCAUCCAUCAUUUUUGCCAUGCCUAAACUUAGCAUGUCUAACAGCUCCAAUACUGAUACUGUGAAUUUAGCAAUUGACUUGGCAGAUUUGAUUUUGACAUGGGAAACUAUGGCCAAAGAGCAGGAGCCUGUUUCUCGAAAGAGAAGCUUGGCUCAGUCUGAAAACGACACAUCGGAAGCUUCAGAUAACCCAUUGCAUAAUUACACCAUCCCCUCAUAUCAGCGCGAAGCUUGCAUUACUUUUUUGGUUCGCUUCAUUUGUGCAAAUAACCAGCGUAUUACGGAGAUUGAUAUUGGUAAAAAGGUUGUUGGUAUUCUUUAUCGUCUUUUGGGCCCCGGUUACUGGCCAGAAAUUGUUAAGCUGCAAUUAUUUGACAAGUAUUUAGCUUCUGCAGACUUCUCCAAUUCUAAGACAGUCUCUCUUUCACUUAACUCUUUACUUGUCAUUGGCAUCACUGUUGCCCGCAAGCCGCCUAGUUGGAUUAUCAAUAAUAUCAGCCAGCUCCAUGGACUUUUGCAGAAGCCUUUAAAGUGUGAUAAUAUUGAUAUUCUCGAAGCAUCUUUGAAUGUAGUUGUCAUCAUUCUUGAUGCUAUUGGUGCCGAUCACACUAAUGAGGAAGACGAUACACCGGCAGUGGUUGAGUUUGUCAAUCUCAUCAACAAUACCAUCCAAGAAAACUUUUCUUCUAACAACUCUAUUGCUUGUGCAAUCAUGCUUUCUUGGGCUCUGGUUCGUUUCCGCCCAGCAAAGGUUGACCCUCUUCUUCCUGCCAUUAUGAAGGUUUUUGUUAAGCUUUCUCGUGAACAUACUGAUGCAACUGUCGAGGGACAAGCGGCUAAUCUAACUAUGUCUUACCCGCAAAAGAUUAUCACCAAACUCAUUCUUAUGAUUCUUGACAUUGGCUCUGUACGCAUUUCAUUUUUGAAUGAUCAACGCAGAUACUAUCUAAAUGUUUACGUUCACCUCAUUGACCGGUCUUCAGAUAAAAGUGUUGGUUUGCGCACCAUUGAAAUUGCACGCAAUUGGGUCUUUUCAACAACAGAUCUUUUCCCACCGAUGAAGGAAAAGACUUUCAUUUUAUCAAAGAUGCUUGCUUUUGAAAUUCGCGGUGAUCAGGAACUUUCCAAAAAGUUUUUUGAGGUUCUCAUUGAUAUUUACACUGACCCACGUACUUCUCGGUCUGACUUGUCUUUGAAAAUGGAAAAAUCAUUUAUGAUGGGAACUAAGGCGGCUGAUAUUCAAAUUCGUCAAAAGCUUAUGAAGAUUCUGAAUGAUAGCCUGGACAAUAAUGCCAUCAAACGGUUGAACUAUGUCAUUGGUGGCCAGAACUGGGAGCACCUUCAGGAUUACCAGUGGACUAACCAGGCAUUGCAGAUUCUUUACAAGGGUCUUGGGCCUGCUCCUCUGCGCCUCCGUUCGUCAGACUUUACCACUGGCAGCUUGGACCUUGUGUUAGAAGCUCUUCCGAAAACUUACACAAGACCAGAUCCUUCUCUUUAUGCCACCACUACUGAUUUUGUAAAGCGUCGCAUUGAGUUUGUAAAUAACAUUUCUAAAAUCACUGCUGAUGAAUUUUUCGCUCCUAUUGUUGAGCUUCAAUACAAGUCACCAGAACUUGUACACCAAAUGUGGGUUAACCUUUUCCCUCAAAUCCAUUCUGGUAUUCCUAAGAAGGACCGCAUUGAGUUUGUUCGAUCUAUCACAAACUUGCUAUCGAAGGAUUACCACAUGCGUCAAUCGGAAAUGACACCUAAUGUCAUUCUCACUCUGCUUGAUGGUGUGAGUCAUUGCGAACAGCUCCAAAUUUCUCCACUUCUAGUCAAGUACCUUGGAAAAACGUACAAUGCCUGGUACCCCUCCAUCCAAAUAUUGGAGAACAUUUCAAGUAAGCCGCUGACUGAAAAUUUCAAAAUUAGUCAGGUCAACUUGGAUGCAUUAAUUGAGAUGUAUGCCGGCCUACAGGAGGAUGACAUGUUUUAUGGCCAAUGGCGACGACGCUCCAAGUAUACGGAAACCAACACUGCGUUGUCAUAUGAGCAGGCUGGUCUCUGGAGCCGUGCCAUCCAAAUGUACGAGAAUGCCCAAAUCAAAGCAAGAAGUGGUGCUCUUCCUUAUAAUGAGUCUGAGUACAGUCUUUGGGAGGACCACUGGAUUAUUUGUGCUCAAAAACUUCAACAGUGGGAUAUUUUGGUCGAGCUUGCCAAACAUGAAGGAUUUACCGAUUUGUUAUUAGAAUGUGGUUGGCGCGCUGCUGAUUGGACUGCCGACAAGGAGCCCUUGGAGCAGUCUAUCAAGGCUGUUAUGGAUGUGCCUACGCCUAGACGCCAGGUCUUUGAGACCUUUUUGUACUUGCAAGGGUACGCCAAUGACACUGAAAAGCCUCAGGAAGUUUACAAGUAUUGUGAUGAAGGAAUUCAGCUUGCGCUACGCAAAUGGAGCUCUUUACCCUCCCGUCUUACUGGCGCCCAUAUUCCCCUUUUGCAUAUUUUCCAGCAAUAUGUUGAGUUUUUAGAAGCCAGUCAGGUGUAUUCAUCCCUCCAUAAAACGGAUGCUGUUAAUCUUGAUUCCAGAUCCUCUGAACUUAAGGGUGUCUUGAAAGCCUGGAGAGAGCGACUCCCUAACUUGUGGGAUGAUAUUGAUCUCUGGGGUGAUUUGGUUACCUGGAGAAAGCAUGCUUUUAACGUUAUCAACAAGACGUAUGAUCCUCUUAUUCGCAAGCUCCCCCAGCCCAAUAGCAACUCAAACUCAUAUGCUUAUAGAGGCUACCACGAAACUGCAUGGAUUAUCAAUCGGUUUGCCCAUGUUGCUCGAAAGCAUGGAAUGCUUGAUGUGUGCUUGGCCCAGCUCAAUAUUAUUUACAAUCUUCCAAAUAUUGAGAUUCAAGAGGCUUUCCUUAAGCUGCGUGAGCAGGCCAAGUGUUACUACAAAAAUCCAAACGAAUACCAAACCGGUUUGGACGUCAUCAACAACACCAACUUGGCAUACUUUACCAACGUCCAAAAGGCUGAGUUCCUUACUCUUAAAGGAAUGUUUUUUGCUAAGCUCAACCGUGAAUCAGAGGCACAGAGUUCAUUUUCUUCUGCAGUCCAGGUCGAUCUUUAUCUUCCAAAAGCUUGGGCUGAGUGGGGAUAUUUCCAUGAUCGCAUUUACCAAAAGAAGCCUCAAGAUAUUAAGCGUGCAAGCUCUGCUCUGCAUUCGUACUUGCAGGCUGCUGGUUUAUAUAAGAAUGGCAAAACCAGAAAACUUCUCAGUCGUAUUCUUUGGCUUAUUUCUAUUGAGGAUGAUACGGGUGAAAUUGCAUCCGCCUUUGAAAACUACAAGGGUGAGGUACCAGUUUGGUACUGGAUUACCUUCAUUCCUCAGCUGCUCACUGCACUGUCUCAUAAGGAAGGCAAAUUUGCACACAAGAUUCUUAUUCGCAUUGCUCGAGCAUAUCCCCAGGCUCUUCACUUCCAUCUGCGAACAGCCAAGGAAGACUUCCACUACAUUCAACGUCAAGCUCUUCAUGCUCAAAAUGUUCGCGCUGGAGGACGCAAUGGCACUCCUACUAAUCCCCAAGUUGCUGCUGCAGCGGCUAACAUGCGCCGCCAACCUGGAUCUCCCAAUGGCGCUGUCAAUGGUGUUUACCAACCUUGGGACUACACUGAGGAGAUUAUGAAGAUUUUGAAGACUGCAUAUCCCCUUCUUUCUUUAUCCUUGGAGACUCUUGUUGAUCAGAUCUUCCAAAGAUUUAAGUGCUCUAAUGAGGAAGACACUUACCGCUUAGUCAUGGCUCUUCUUAACGAAUGCGUUCAGUUUAUGGGACGUCUUAAUUUUCAGAUGGAGCGACCGUUCCCUACUGAGGCCAACCUUGCCAAGUUUUCUGAAAACACGGUCCCUGACUAUGCCAAGGCCGCUUUUGAAAAGGACUUUUUGAAAGAAAAGCCAGAGUUUGAUCUCUACCUUGCUCGUCUUCGAAAAUGGAGAGACAGAAUUGAAGAGAUUUUGGAUCGUCGUCCUGGUGCUAUGAAUCUGGAAGCAUUGAGUCCUCAUUUGAGUGAAUUCCACUACCAAAAGUUUGAGGAUGUUGAAGUUCCCGGACAGUACUCAGAGCUUAAGGAUGAAAACUUGCACUUUGUCAAGAUUGAUCGCUUUAUGCCUACUGUUGAUCUGGUUCGUGGAUUUGGCCAGUCAUACAAACGUAUCAAGAUUUUGGGCCAUAAUGGUAACAUUCACAUGUUUGCUGUUCAAUACCCGAGUGGUAAACAAUGCCGACGUGAAGAGCGUGUGGUGCAAUUGUUUAAAAUACUCAAUGGUAUUUUGACACGUAAGAAGGAAACUCGCCGCAGAAACAUUAACUUUACUCUGCCUACUGCAAUCCCCUUCUCUCCCCACUUUAGAAUCAUUCAAGAUGAUCCUGAAUACAUUUCUAUGCACUCUAUCUAUGAGGAACAUUGCAGAAGGGUGGGACGCAGUAGAGAUGAGCCUCUUGACUAUGCCACCAAAAAGCUCCGUGGAUCCUAUGACCCUAAGCUUCCUAAGCAACAAGAUAUCUUUAGUAUUAGGAUGGAGAUUUUGGGUGCAAUUCAAGCCACCAUUGUUCCUUCUACCAUUUUGCGCGAUUACUUUUCGCGCACUUAUGCUACGUUUGAAAUGUUUUGGCUUUUCCGUAAGCAGUUCUCUUACCAGUUUGCAGGCGUUACUUUCAUGACAUUUUUGAUGAGUAUUGGUAACAGAUACCCUCACAAGUAUUUCAUCAACACUAGCUCAGGUGCUAUUUGGACGACAGAAAUGCUUCCAUUGCUUACCCCUAGAAACCCACCACAGUUCCAUAACCCAGAGCACAUUCCCUUCAGACUAACACCUAAUAUCCAAACCCUUAUGGGCCCCACUGCUUUGGAAGGUAUCUUUUCCGUGUCUGUAAUGGUGAUUGCCAAGUGUCUUACAGAGACUGCCCACGAGCUUGAUCAAUACAUUAGCGUUUUUGUGCGCGAGGAGCUUAUAUCAUGGCAUGUCCAACAACAGCGCCCUAGCCUACCUGAUGCUCAGCUCAGAGAGUUUACUGUCAAGAAUGUGGGCCAUAUUGGGAAACGUGCCUCCUCUUUGGCACAGGUUGGCCAGGGCAACAUUCCCGCAAAUCAGACUGUGAUUGAUUUGAUCUCCCAGGCUGUGAAUCCAAGAUUUAUGGUUGCCACUGAUAACCUCUGGAUGCCAUACUUUUAA